AUGUCAGCCCACUACUCAACAGAACCAAACCCAACCGCCUCCGCUACCCUCCACACAACCUUCGGCCCCCUGCACAUCUCCCUCUUCGCCUCCCAAACCCCCUACACCUGCCGCAACUUCCUUCAACACUGCACCGACAAAUACUACGCCGGCACAAUCUUCCACCGCAUUGACCCGGACUUCAUCAUCCAAGGCGGCGACCCCACAGGAACCGGCUCCGGCGGCACCUCCAUCUACGAGUACCCCGAGUUCGAAACGGACCCGGACGCGCGGGACCCGAGCGAGAAAAUUGUCCUCCGCGAUGAACUGCACAGCAGACUGCGGUAUAACCGGCGCGGACUGGUGGGGAUGGCGAAGAGCGAGGACGGAACGUACGGGAGCCAGUUUUUCAUCACGCUGGCGAAUACGGAGAGGGAGUUGAAUGGGCAAUGUACGCUUUUUGGGAGGGUAGAAGGGGAGAGUAUUUUUAAUGUGCUGAAGAUUGCGGAGGCGGAGAGGGUGGAGGGGACGGAGAGGCCGGUUUAUCCGGUUAAGGUUACGGGAUGUGAGGUUGGGGAGUUGGGGCCGUUGGCUGGGAAGGUGGUGAAGAGGCAGGUUACUGCUGCGCCUGCGAAGGAGGAGGGGAAGCCUGCGGCGAAGAAGAAGAAGAAGGGUGCGAAGGGAGGUAAGACAUUGUUGAGUUUUGGGGGUGAUGAGGGCGAUGAGGAGCUUCCUGUAAGGCCUGCAAAGCCGAAGUUCAAUCCUAAGCUUGUGACCGAUACGAAGCUUCCGGAGGCAGACGAGACGGCACAGAGACCAGAGACGCAGAAAAGGAAACGGCCCCGGUCGCCUUCGCCGAAGCGCGCUGUUCCGGAAAAGAAACAACCAGACCCGGCAACUCAAAUUCCGCUACCCAAUCCAGAAUCACCAGACCGCUCGCCAGCAGAGGAGCCCCCGGCAAAGACAUCAAAACUCGACCGCACGAAAGCAGAGAUUGAGAACCUCAAAUCUUCCAUGCGCCGGACCGCCACCAUAGGACCAGUCGAAGGUCCCAAGAAAUCUGCCCUGGAAGCCAUGAUCCCCGAAAGCUCUAUCCGAGGCCGCAAGAGGCCACCACCCGGCGCUGUUGGCAGCGGUACAAACGGUGUAGCAGGAUUCAGCAGCACAGCCGAAGACGAGACGCUGAAAAUCUUCAACGCCUUCAAAGCGAAGCUCGAAAACGCAGACUCAACCACAAAACCACAACCCAAGCGCGAAACCGCCGAGACCCGCAAAACAAAGCAAGCACCUGAAUCCGAACCCGAAGACGACGAAGCUCAACUUUGCGACCUGCACUUCAUUGCAAACUGCCAAUCGUGCCGAUCCUGGGACGACCCCUCAGCCACCAACGAGAACGACCCCGAAGCCGACGAAGGCGAGGAGGGCUGGUUAUCGCACCAGCUCCGCUUUGGCAAGGAUACGCUGGGCAAAGAUGCGAAGUGGAAGCGCGAACAUCCUGAUGAUGUAGACUCGCUCAUGGUUAUUGACCCGCGGGAACGAGAGAAGGAGAUUGUGGGAGGGAGGAAGAAGGGAAUGGCGAGGGACCGGGAGAGGGAAAGAAAGAAGGAAAAGGCUGGGGAUUUGGAAUGGGGGCGUGGGAGGUAG